AACGCUGCACCUCUUUAAGAAUAAACUCAGUCAGUGUUACUGUAGAUAUCAGUCAGUUAACCAAUUUACGAAUCAAGUCACCAGCCAGAAGUCAGCCAACAGCUGUAAAGCUUUUCACCUACUGUUGUAGGUAGCCAUGUUUUUUGCUUUCUUUUUGUGGAUAUUCCUCCAAACUACUCUAUGGACAUGCACUAUUCAAAGGGAUUUCAACAUUUCUUUUCACGACCAGACGAAUUCAUCUCAAUAUAAUUAUACGGAGGAAGAAGAAGGCGGAUUUGGCGGAGUGGAAAAUCUAAAUCACAUAUUCGCCAAAACUGAGCCUCCGCAACCUCCAGGACUGCAGUGUCCUGAUAAUUAUGUAGUUGAUAAAAGAAACAAUAUAUGCAGAGAGAAGUUGCCUUCUCCAACGGUUGCUAACGAGACAACCAAUAUAACUAAUGGUACCUAUGUCUUUUGGAGAAUGAACUGCUCAAAUCAAUCGCUUUUAAUGGUCGACGAAGGAGACUUUUUGGUCUUGGAAAAUAAAUCUGUGUUUGUGAACGCUUCAAAGAUGACUUAUGAUAAGUCAGAAUAUAUCUGGAUGAAUCGCAGUGUCUUGGUGUGUGUCAAUCAUGCUGUUGCCUAUCAAAUUAAUUGUUCGGGAAAUUGGGGACUGAUGAACGAAAGCGAAUACUCGAUUCUGUCCAACAAAUCCAUUUAUGUGAACGCUUCUCUUAUGCUAUACGAUCCACCGAAAUUUAUUUGGAAUAAACAAAAUCUUUAUGUCUGCGAUAACCUUUUCGUAGACUCUGACAACAGGAAUAUCAUGUCAAACGAAGAUGAUGAUAUCAUUUCGGAUUUGACAAUUGUAUGCAUGUCAAUAUCGAUUUUUGCACUGGUCUUUGUCCUCAUCACCUAUUCCUUGUUCACCGAGCUAAGAACACCACCAGGUAUUAACCUCAUGAACCUCAGCGUUGCCAUUCUGCUCUCACAACUCUUGUGGCUUGUUGGAAGUAAACAACUGACUGACAAACCCAUGGUUUGUACUGCCAUCGCUGUUCUUCUUCACUACUUUUUCCUGGUUUCUUUCGUGUGGACGUCCAUCAUCGCAUUUGACACUUGGAGGGCCUUCACUGCAAAACGGAGACGUUCCAUGGUUGACUCGAAGCGCAAAAGACUGCUGCAUAGCUUGCGAUAUAUGGCUGUUGGAUGGCUGUCUGUCAUGGUGUACGUUUCAAUCUGUGUGGCUCUUGACCAAUCACAGACAGUCGCCAUAGGAUAUGGGUCACGUGUAGCCUGCUGGAUUACUAACUUCGAUGCCAAAUGGAUUUUCUUUGCAACUCCUCUGGGGCUCGUCACCGUCUUCAACAUUGUCUUCUUCUCCAUGACGGUAAAAGCGAUCAGGUCUACCCGUAGCCAAGCCAGAAUGUUUUGUGAUAUUCAAAUAAAUGGUAAUUUAGAGGGAUAUGGAAAUAGCAUUUCGUGCUGA